AUGGGCUGUAGCAGGCAGCGCGCAAGUGGGGCGAUCCAUCCCUGCCGUCGUCGCCCCACCGUACUCGUGGACUAUAGCAAGAGGCCAUACCCUGCUCAUCGUGCUACUGCUGCCAUUGGAUGCGUGGGGCCCUCUAGGGGACUCGAAAAGGUGGAGGUUCGGUGUGUGGUCAGCGUCCCGAGUCACGUCGGAGGAGUCACAGGGGCGACUCUGCAAGUAUCAAAUCAGCUCGGUGCUGCGGUGUCUUUUGCUCUCCAGGCCGGUCUGUUUACGGCCAACGAUGGUGGAAUCUCCGACUUUGACAAUAUCAGCGCUUCACUCUAUUUUGAGAUGGGCUUUGUGGCGCUUUGGAUGACUAUGUUUUUGGUCCUGUACCGAUCCGAGAAGAAGGCCGUCAAAGACGGAGAGACGGGCGAAGAUGGCAGAUAG